AUGUGGAGAAAUAGAAAAUCUCGACCUCCCAAAGAUUUAGAUGCAAAAAAACUUGCCGCACUUGUCGAUGCAUCUCAAAUUAGUGAACAAGAAAUUCGACGAUGGCAUACAGAUUUUCUCGAUCAUUAUCCAUCAGGUCUAUUAGACAAAAAGGCAUUUGUUGAAUAUUAUCAAAAACUACAUACAGAUAUAGGACCCGAAGGUUCAUUUGAAAAAAUUUUUGAAAUGAUUGACGCUAAUAAUGAUGGAACAAUUGAUUUUAAUGAAUUAUUAGUGGUUAUAGUAUUAAUGAGUCGUUUAAAUGCUUUAGAUUCACGACUUGCAUUUGCAUUUGAUAUGUAUGAUGCUUCGGGAGAUGGACGUAUCGAUCGAGAAGAAUUAGCUGAUGUUAUAUCAGCAAUAUAUGAUCAUGCUGGUAUAACUGAUCGAAAAGGUGAACGAGAUCCAAAGAAACGAGCAAAAGAAAUUAUUAGUCAACUUGAUGAUAGUGGUGAUAAUAAAUUGAAUAAAGAAGAAUUUAUUAAAGGAUGUAAAAAUGAUCCAGUAAUUCGCGGUUUACUAACACCUAGUAUAUAA